AUGUCCUUUGAAAAAAAGUAUAGAGUAGAAAUACAACAAAUGAUGUUUGUUUUGGGUGAAGUCCCAGAUUCAUUACCUGAAACAAUUGCACUUGUAGAAGAUAUUGUUCGAGGACAAGUAGUGGAAAUGAUAAUUCAGGCUGCACAGCAUGCUAUGAAACGCGGUUCUCGCUGUAUUUGUAUUGAAGAUUUAAUAUUUUUGAUUCGGCAUGAUAAACCAAAAGUCAAUCGUCUUAAAACAUAUCUUUCAUGGAAAGAUGUGAGAAAAAAUGCCAAAGAACAUGAUGGAGUUGAAUCUUCCGAAAUUGUUGAUGAUUCAGAUACAAAAAUGAGAAUAAGAAGAUCAAGAAUAGAUCUUCCUUGGGAUUUGUAUUCUAUGUUCAGUGAACCUAUUCCAUUUAACCAUGAAGAAAAAGAAGAUUGUAAUUCAGAUGAACAAGAAUCAAAUCUCGAUACUCUUCUUCGUCUUAGAUUUGCUGAUCUUAGAACACGUACAAUGACAAAAGAUGAAUACGUUCAUUAUAGUGAAUGCCGACAAGCAAGUUUUACGUACCGUAAAUCAAAAAGAUUUAGAGAAUGGAGUCGAAUGAACCAGUUAAUAGAUUCUCGCCCUAAUGAUGAUAUAAUAGAUAUUCUUGGGUUUUUAACGUUUGAAAUAGUCGCCACUAUUACAGAAGAGUCAUUACGUGUAAAGGCACAAAUGGAUAGCUUAGAGGAAAAUAACAUCUUGAAGGAAAGAGGAGAAAAAUAUUUAUUUGAUGAUCCUGAAGAAAGUCGUACACCUUUACAAAUAAAACAUAUACAAGAAGGGUUUCGAAGACUCCAGAAAGCACAACAAAAACAUAUUGUUAUGAGAGGGUUUGAUGGAGGUCUUGUCAAAAGUCGCGUUAAUUUAAUUUAA